AAACACUUUAAAUCCGAAGAAGAUCAAGAACCAAUACACAGAAAAAAAAAGAAAAAAAGAAAAGAAAGAAGAGUAGAUUUUGGUCGUCGGAGCAACGUAUUCAGUGCUGACGUGUGAUUACGUCUGGGGGGGGCAUUGACUUUUACCCGCCACCAUUACAAGACCGUCUUCCUUAUUAUUCAUUCGUCUUAGUCUUCCAUUUCAACAAAUCCUUAAUCUGAUCUACACACACGGCGAGCCUCAGAUAUAGAGAGAGAGAGAGAGACAAUGACUCUCUUCAUCGCGUAAAAGACACAGCCUUUUUAUACCAACUCUAGCCAAGUAGCAACUUUCCAACCUACGAUUUCUGAAUCUUUUACUCUCUCUCUCUCUGUUACAAAUUUAGGAAUUUUCUCAGGUCUGUCUUACAUCGAUGGGUUGCCUCUGGUUCUCAUGUCGGACUAAAGAAGCUGCAGAAGUUGAUGGAGAAAUAGCAGCGAUUGACAACGUGAAGAUAUACAAAUAUAGAGAGAUACGUCAGGCCACAGAUGAUUUCAGUGCUGGAAAUAAAAUUGGAGAAGGAGGUUUUGGUUCUGUGUACAAGGGACGUCUUAAAGAUGGAAAGCUCGCUGCUAUCAAAGUCCUCUCGGCUGAGUCAAAACAAGGUGUCAAAGAAUUCUUGACUGAGAUCAAUGUGAUAUCAAAAAUACAGCAUGAGAAUUUGGUUGAGUUGUAUGGAUGUUGCGUGGAGGGGAAUCACAGGAUUCUUGUUUACAAUUUCCUUGAGAACAAUAGUCUUGAUAAGACGCUUCUAGCUGGCGGCUACACUCGGAGUGGAAUACAGUUCGACUGGAGUAGCCGGGCCAAUAUUUGCGUGGGUGUUGCUAAAGGUCUUGCCUUUCUUCAUGAAGAAGUACGGCCACACAUAAUUCAUAGAGAUAUCAAAGCAAGCAACAUUCUACUCGACAAAUAUCUGUCUCCCAAGAUCUCUGAUUUUGGACUUGCUAGGCUUAUGCCACCUAACAUGACUCAUGUCAGCACUCGUGUCGCUGGUACAAUUGGUUAUUUAGCACCAGAGUAUGCAGUUAGGGGACAGUUGACGCGUAAAGCGGAUAUAUACAGCUUUGGAGUCCUUCUGAUGGAGAUAGUCAGUGGAAGAAGUAACAAAAACACCCGAUUACCCACAGAAUAUCAAUAUCUUCUGGAAAGAGCUUGGGAGCUUUAUGAGAGGAAUGAGCUCGUGGAUCUGGUUGAUUCAGGUCUAAAUGGAAUCUUCGACGCAGAGGAAGCUUGUAGGUACCUAAAAAUAGGUCUUUUGUGCACACAAGACAGUCCUAAGCUAAGACCAAGUAUGUCGACAGUUGUGAAGUAUCUAACAGGGGAGAAAGAUAUAGGCUACAGGAAAAUAUCCAGACCAGGUCUGAUAUCUGAUUUCAUGGAUUUGAAAGUGAGAGGACCGGUGGCAACAAAGCCAGAGGAAGUGAACAGACACAGCUACACAAACCCUUCUUCGUCUUCUAAUGCCUCGUCUAGAGAUCACUCAAAUACUUACUCAUCAGGUGCUUCAUCAGCUAAUGCUGGUAAUACAUUCAGCAGUACUAUCUGAAAGAAAAAACAAUAAAUCCUUUUUUCUAAGUUAUCUUUGUUUUCUGUUUUUGAGAUGUAAAUGGGAAAAAGAGUUUGAUGUUUCUGCAUCUCUCUUCUUUUUCUUUGGUUUCAAACAGAGGUUUUCUGUUAGAUUUUUGAGCUGAAAACGACUGCAGAAAAGGCGGUCUCUGGCUCGCUUUUGUUUCAAGUCGUCUUCAGCUGCAAACAGAGAUUUGAGUGUAUGUAUGUUUUGUAUAUAUCCAUAUACAUUAGAUUGAAGUUGUAUCGGUUUCUCUGUUUUUAAUGAGCCCUUUGAAUGAGCUUAAA